AUGCCCAAGUGCAACCUUAUCGACUCCCAUAUCCCAACGGCAGAUGAGAACUCAAGACCAAACUACACGCUGCCGACCACUGAACCCAACGGCCAGUUCGUGUUCGCCACACUCAGGUUCGAGUCUGGUGUGGAGCAUCGAUUCAUCAUGGACACGGGAAGCAGCGAAUCUAUCCCACCGAAAUCAGCACUCGCUGCAAUUUGUCCUAAUGUUGUUCUAGCCCCGACUUCUGUGCACAUUCACGGGGUUACUGGCCGUCAGUUGCAAUUACUUGGCGAAACGACGUUGUGCGUUCACUCUGAAUCCGGUAUGUCAACCCCGAUCCGAUUCCUGGUAUCAGCCCACAGUCCGUCUAUUCUGGGCCUUCCAGCACUGCGGCUACUACAAGGAUCCAUCACACUACAUACCAACAACGAUAUGCCAAUCACCCCACAUCUUCUAAAUUUAAUCGUACAGUGUGUCCGGUAA